GGUUGCUUCGUUAACGUUGGCGUCAUCGCAAACAGUUCUUCCGUUGACCGAGGGUAAGAGGAAUUUGGGCUUCGGUAGUUUUUUAACCGCAAAGAGCGUCUCUCACGGACACGGUGUUAUUGUGCACCAAGUUGAUGAUUCGAUAGUGCGGAGCCGUGUGAUAGUGCAAUAAAAGGGAUUAAAUAUCGCGUAAAAAUGUCAACGAAAGCGAGUAAGAAGGUCGCAUCGGUGACCAGUUCGAGUAGCGGCGUGCAAUCACCGCAAUUCACGUCAACGCCGAUCGGCCAACGGCCAGGAAGUCCUUUGAGUCCGACUCGUUAUUCUCGUCUCCAAGAGAAGCAGGAUUUACAGAAUCUAAAUGACCGGUUGGCUUGUUACAUCGACAAAGUACGUCAUUUGGAAUCGGAGAAUUCCCGACUUUCGCGGGAGGUUCAGACGAGCCAGGAGACUAUCACACGCGAAGUAUCCAACAUAAAGUCGAUGUACGAACAUGAAUUGUCCGAUGCAAGGAAAUUACUGGAUGACACCGCGAGAGAACGAGCGAAACUCGAGAUUGAUACCAAGCGGCUAUGGGACAGCAACGAAGAACUCAAGUCCAAGUUAGACAAGAAGCUAAUGGACUUGCAAGUUGCUGAAAGAAGUGUGUUGCUAUACGAAACUCGCUGCAACGACCUACAAUCGCAAUACAAUCAAUCCCAAGCAGAACGUAAAAAACUGAUUGAUAGAGAACGGGAAUUGGAGCAAGAAGUAGACAAACUAAAAGCUUUGUUGGAUGAUACUCGUAAGCAUCUUGCAGACGAAACUUUGCAACGCGUUGUCCUUGAAAACAGCAUUCAGAGUCUGAAAGAAGACAUUAGUUUCAAGGAUCAAGUUUAUCAACAAGAAUUGACAGAAACAAGAACAAAAAGACAGAUCGAAAUCUCAGAGAUAGAUGGUCGUCUUGCUGAACAAUAUGAAGCAAAGUUGCAACAAUCUUUACAAGAAUUACGAGAUCAAUACGAAGGACAGAUGCGAGCUAACAGAGAAGAAAUUGAGUUAUUGUAUGAAUCAAAGAUUAAAAACUUGGCAGCUCACGCUCAACGUAAUAGCGGGGCUGCCAGUAUAGCCGUCGAAGAGUUGAGACAAACAAGGACAAGGAUUGAUGGACUUAAUCAAAAAAUUAAUGAACUAGAAGCAUCUAAUAACGCUCUCAAUGCACGAAUCAGGGAUUUAGAAAACUUACGCGAGAAUGAGAAGGCUCGUCAUGCAGAAAGUUUGGCAUCCUUAGAAACAGAAUUAUCGCGUAUGCGCGAUGAGAUGACUCAACAACUACAAGAAUAUCAAGAUCUCAUGGACAUCAAAGUCGCCCUUGAUUUAGAAAUUGCCGCAUAUCGUAAACUCUUGGAAUCUGAAGAAGCCAGAUUAAAUAUCACGCCUACACAAUCAAGUACAACAACGUCUACCGGUAGAAGUACUCCUUCGAGACACACUCCUUUAAGAGGUGGAAAACGAAAACGCACUUUGUUAGAAGAAAGUGAAGAACGCAGUAGUACUGAUUACAGUGUAUCUGGUACAGCUAGAGGUGACAUAGAGAUUACAGAAGCUGAUCCCCAAGGACGAUUUGUGAAACUUACUAAUAAAGGCAAUAAGGAAUUAGGACUCAGUGGAUGGCAAAUUAUUCGCAAAGCUGGGUCUCUGGAAACAGUAUUUAAAUUCCAUCGUACUGCAAAAAUAGAAGCAGGUGCUACUGUAAUGGUAUGGUCUUCGGAUAUCGGUGCUACACAUGAACCACCAUCAAAUAUUGUCAUGAAGAGUCAAAAGUGGUUUACAGCAGAUACUAUGACAACUAUACUUCUUAAUAACGAAGGCGAAGAAAUGGCUACUUCAGAGUGCAAAAGGCAACAACUGUCCACAUCUUUAUCUCGGCAUAGAGAAAACUUGGGUUUUCGAACUUCCGAGGAUCUUCACCAUCAACAGAGAAGAUAUCUCUAUCCAUAUUAAGUGGGCGACCGAACAGUUCUGAUGAGUCGAUUUAUGCCGACCUUCGAGGAGAUGAAUUCUGCAGGCUUAUGUAAAAAAUAAAGUUACAAAAUAAUCUUAAGAAUUCUAAACAGCACGUUUUAAAAAUGCUUGAAAGGUACAGGAAAACAACACUUACGGGGCUCAUUUAGACGCCGAGCCUCCAGUUUCAUCAACACAAGAAAUUUCAUAUGAUAAUGUUUUGAAUGAUAUAUUUUGCUUAAGAAAAUAAAGAAGAGAUUAAAAGAGAAAUCACGACGCUAUUAGUACUUUAUACUUAUCGAGAGAUCCGUACAGCAUAUAAGAAAAUAUUCUGUAAUAUACUGUUUAAAUCAAACUUAACGAAGUGUUUCACGAUGAUUGAAACAAUUAUUGCAUUUAUAUAUUUGCACAUCGUACAAAACUUAAUUGUCCGUUGUAACGAAGUUACUACUUUAUUGAAUAAGGAACACGACAAAAUUUGUUUAGCGAGAUCGAAAUAUUUUUGACGUAACAUUUAUUUUCAACUAGUCGUUAUCGUGCUUUUUCAAAUGUAAAAAAAAAUAUCCUCUUUCUUAAUAGAUGAUAGUAUUUAUUUUUAAGUACAAAAUCCGGAUGAAAUAGGAGUGUGGCGUCUGUAUAAUAUUCAAAGCAUAUUCAUUUGUCAGGAAGAUAUCUAUACUGGCUAGGCAUUUUAAUUUUUGGUUUCGUUAAUAUAAUAAAGGGAGAGAGACUAUGUUUAAUCCAGUUCUAUUUGCUCCAUCAUCCGGACUAUGAUUUUGUUAAUUGUAUUCGACUUUAUACCAUUUAUACAACAAUAAAAAUCUCUGAUUAACCAUG